CCGGCGCGAGGGGCCGGGCCGGGCCAGGCCGGGAAAGGAGUGCGGGUCGGUUCUGUGCGCGCUGUCGGCCGAGGCUCCCGCUGCCGCUUGACCCGCGCUCCGCCCCGUAGCCGGGCCGAAUCCUAGUAGCUAAUGUCAGAAGAAAGUGACUCUCUGAGAACCAGCCCCUCUGUGGCCUCGCUUUCUGAAAAUGAGCUGCUGCCAGCCCCCGAGCCUCUUGGCUAUGUGUGCUCGCUGACAGAAGAACUGGUCACCAAAGCCAAGGAGGAGCUGCAGGAGAAGCCAGAAUGGAGACUUCGGGAUGUCCAGGCCCUUCGUGACAUGGUACGGAAGGAGUACCCAAACCUGAGCACCUCACUCGAUGAUGCCUUCCUGCUGCGCUUCCUCAGAGCUCGCAAGUUUGAUUACGACCGGGCCCUGCAGCUCCUGGUCAACUACCACAGCUGCAGGAGAAGCUGGCCCGAAGUCUUCAAUAACCUGAAGCCCUCAGCCUUAAAAGAUGUCCUAGCUUCUGGAUUCCUCACCGUGCUGCCCCACACAGACCCCAGGGGCUGCCAUAUCCUCUGCAUCCGCCCAGACAGAUGGAUCCCAAGCAGUUAUCCAAUUACUGAGAACAUCCGAGCCAUAUACUUGACAUUAGAAAAGCUCAUUCAGUCUGAAGAAACCCAGGUGAAUGGAAUUGUAAUCCUUGCUGACUACAAAGGAGUGAGCUUAUCAAAGGCAUCUCAUUUCGGCCCUUUUAUAGCCAAAAAGGUGAUUGGCAUCCUCCAGGAUGGUUUCCCCAUUCGGAUAAAAGCGGUUCAUGUAGUAAAUGAACCCCGAAUAUUUAAAGGCAUUUUUGCCAUCAUAAAACCAUUUCUGAAGGAGAAAAUAGCAAACAGAUUCUUCCUCCAUGGGUCUGACCUGAACUCACUCCACACAAACCUUCCAAGAAGCAUUCUCCCCAAGGAGUAUGGGGGCACAGCCGGAGAGCUGGACAUCACGGCCUGGAAUGAGGUGCUGCUGGCCUCAGAGGAGGUCUUUGUGAGAGAGUUCUGCCAGCCUGUCCCUGCCUGUGACAGCAUCCUGGGUGAAGCGCUGCUGCCCGAGGGGCUGACGUCAGAUGCACAGUGUGAUGACUCCAUGCGGGCUAUGAAAUCACAGCUGUACUCCUGCUACUAGCCAGGAGGCCAGGUGGCUCAGCCCUCUGUGUGUGUCGCCAUCAUUAGGUCCUUUCCUUUUUCCUUUGGAGAGGCACAAGGAGAACUUAAGGUGCCAUGGAUUCAGUCUUGUUCCUUGUAAUUAAACUGCAGCCCUAUUGAGCUUUGGGGGCAAGCCAUGGGGUGAGCCCUUGGUUACUUGAAUUACUCCAUGGAAGACCUGGAAAAUGUCAACAGGGAUUCCCAAGUGUGCAACCAUUAAUCUGGAAGCUGUGUCUGAUUUUUAUGCAUCUUGAAGCAGGAAAAAUCAGGACCAAAGUCACUUUGAUCCCACUUUGCAGGAGAAAACCACCUGAUUUGGUGGUCAGCGCACUUCCAGGAAGCAGUUUGGCCGAACCUUUCACUCUGUGUGAGAUGGGAGCGCUGGAUGUUAGGUGCAGUCGAGUGGAUUUCAAUUCAUAGUGACCCCAUGUGACAGAGUAGGACUGCCCCGUAGGGUUUUCUAGGCUGUGUUGUAAUCUUUAUGAAAGCAGAUCGCCAGGUGUUUCUCCUGUGGAAAGGUGGCCACACAUGAGACUUUGGGAGUUUGUGCCUCUCACGUGAGCUCUAACUGUAGACUUCUGUUGCUCAUCAGGAAGCUUCAGGUGUGAGGCCCAGGCCCCAGUUACCUUCACUGGGUUUGGAAAGCACCUUAAGUGUAUCAUGCAAGCUUGAGGACAUAAGCAGCACUUCCUGAUCAAAUUCAGGAGCCAGAGACUUUAAAGCACCUUUGGGAUUCACGGCUUGAAUCUUGCAAUAGAAACUUCAGUUUUCCCAAACCCGUAAAGCCUUAGCCCUGGUUACCAAUAGAACCAUGCGGGUUCCUGGAAGUAUAUGAUUUUACUCAACCUAAAAUACUGGAUUCCAGGCCAGUGUAGCUAAAAGAAUUCUGGCCUAGGAAUUAGAGACCAGGGCUUCAGCCAUAGAUGUGUGACCUUGGAUCUCUCUGGGCCUCUUGCGCCUCAGCUUUCCCGUCUGUAAGAUGAGGCAGGAUAAAGUGAUGUCUAGGGCCCUUUUGGCUGCUGAGGUGCUGGGAUUUGGUAUAGUUAUUGAAUAAUGUUUGACAUUGGUUUUCUGCCUAGAAAGUGACUCUCUAGAUACAAGUAGCUGGCUUCCAUUUUCUUUGUCACACAGGGGCCUUUCCAAGAGGGAUGUGUCACCAUUUGGCCCUGCCCUUACAGAAACUAGUAUAUAUUCUGGGACUCAGUGACACCAACUUCCCUUUUGUAGUGAUGGUUAAACUUUAAAGGAUGACUUUUGUGAAGGCUUAAGAGGGCAGGUGAGAUGACCAGGAUCCUGUAUGGAUGCCUUCCAUCUCUGACACUGUGGUGGUAUAUCGUAAGCCUGGCAACAGUGAAUGGUUACAUUACUUGGUAUUCUUAAAUGUUGGUUUCUGGAAAUGAAUGUGAGGGCAGGUUAUAGCUGGGCCACUUCUGGGGCCCCCGCCCUUCCAAAUUCACUUGGGUUUCUCUCUCAGGUGUGGAUAGGCAGACUUCAGUCGGUCCAGCAAGCCUGAGUGUUAGCUGUUUGAGCACUUUAGACCUCUCCUAUCAAGCAUUUAGCUUCAGCCCAUGCAUCAAAUUAGGUAGUUCUUCUGAUGGCUUGGAAACCCUGGUGGCGUAGUGAUUAAGAGCUAUGGCUGCUAACCAGAAAAGGUCAGCAGUUCGAAUCCACCAGGCAAUCCUUGGAAACUCCAUGGGGCAGUUCUACUCUGUCGCUAUGAGUCGGAGUCGACGGCAACAGGUUUGGUUUGGUGUUUAGUUUUUCCGAUGGCUUUGACCCGUCUUCAUAUUCAUUCUGUGUAUAUUAUGGUGUUAACAUAGUGACAAGUAUUGUGUGUUGUGUACCUUCUCCAUGUAUUUAUUAGACUAAGUAGGCAAGGCAGACAGCUCAAUGAGGAAGAGAACAGUACUCUGAAAUUCAAAGGCCUGUUGUUACUAAGCUGUUCAUCUUUAUAGCAUUUGUAAAAAUGCCUGGAGAAGUUGGUGGUGGAAAUUUACUUACCUCAUUAGUGCCAAUUCUAGGGGAAGCUUUUUUCACCAUGGAUACUAGCCCUGGAUCCUCUAGGGACCUGACUGAGCUGGAAGUACCAAAAUGCACAGCCCUGGCUGCUUCUAAUUCCAUCUGAUGAUGAUUGCUGGCACUGCUGGGAAGGCCUAAAUGGGGCACAAGUGGGAUGGUGAAGGCAGAGGGUUCAGAACCCAAAUGUCUGGAAAGCUGGCUUCCUUAGUUCCCCCAAAAGAGAAGGGAAAAACCUAAAGAGAGAAAUGAAUCACAUACACCUCCCCCCACCCACCACCACCCCAAGUUUCGGAGGUUUAAAUUCUCCCGUUGAGUUCCUGGCCAGUUGCCUUUGUGUCUGUGACUUAACAAAGGGAUGGCCAAGCUCACCUAGGGAAAUACAUGAGCAUCAGGAAAUUUGCUGCCUGUUUCCCAGGCCUUUCCAGUUCAACCAAGGAGGAGCUGUUUCAUCAGCUGUGUCAGGUCUGAGGUUUGCCUGCUUCCUGGAGCCACUGUGCUUUGUAUCAGCUCCAAAGAGAGAUCAAGUUGUUUCGGCACCUCAGGAGGUUUGAAGCACGUUGCUGAACCAGGACCUCCCUGGCUGAAAAUCAAGGCAGUCUCCAUGUGGUGUUUGUAUAAGUUGCCCCUGCAUGGUGUGAAAUGACGGACAGGAGCACGCAGAGCCUUAUUCAGCAGUGGGGAGAGCCUUGGCUGCCUGGGCAGCCUAAGCAAACAGCAAAUAUCAGAACAGAACUGGGAGUGUCUUCCUUCUGGGAGAAGUUCUGACCCAUUUUACAAAUGCCUGGAAAUUAGCAUGUCCCUAAAUCCAAGGCACUGUGGUACUGGGAAAAGGGAAGUCAUUCCUUAGGAGACCUGAGUUCCACCUUUACCUUGCUAUGUGACCUUGGGUGAUCUACACCGAGCUUGAAAUCCUGAUCCCAGCUUUACUGCCACAGGGACACUGUUCUCUUUUUAGGGGUUCCUCCUCCCCAUCUGGAUUAUAUUUAGGAAAUCUAGAUCUGAAUGAACUGGCACCUAAAGCUUCCAAAUGAGUCUGUAAACUUAGGUAAUAAGGGCAUUUUCUUCCUCCUCUUCUCCUGUGCCACGACACAGAAUUCAAGAAGUGUGCCUCUUACUGGAUUCCUAGUCUACCUUCAUGUGGAGAGGCUGGAAGACAUUUUUAGCAACAGCCCAAAGUACGAACCCUAGCGUCACGUCUUUAUCUGCUCCUGGCUAAGGUGGCUUUGGAGCCCUGGGGCGCAGUGGUUAAAAGCUACGACUGCCAACCCAAAGGUUGAUAGUUCGAAUCCACCAGCCACUUCUUGGAAGCUCUAUAGGGCAGUUCUGUAGGGUCGCUGUGAGUCAGAAUCCACUUGAUGGCAAUGUUUUUUUUUUUAAGGUACCUUUUUUUUUUUUUUUAGAUCUCUCAUUCCUCAUCCUGCUUUCACAUGGACUCCCUUAUUCUUAGGGGUUUAUAAACACUUCAGGUUAUAAGAAACCACGUUUUUGCCAGAAGGAGAGCCAGGGUGAUAAGGUAUCUUUUUGGAAAUCCUGAGAGACAGUGAGCUUUUCAGAAUUCUGAGGUGGGCAGUUUCAUCAAAUGCGAAUUCUCCAAUCAUGGGAUUACUUUUUCAUUUGGGUCAGCAAAAGCUAUAGUACUGUUGCGGCACUGUCAUAAUCUCUCACUUUAAAAAGCUUCCAGCUUUUAAGGUUUUCCUUUGAAACCUUUCUUCUAGGGAGUAAAAUGUCAGCUAAGCUAAUGUACAAGUGUGGCUGCCCUGUGGCCACACGAGGUGUGGAGACGCCAAACAGAACCAAGUCUAAAGUUCAGAAAAGAUGUCAGCUCCAGGAAUACCUCUCAGUGUUGAGGUCGUUAAUUUUGUAAACCUCAAGUUCGUUCCUGAUCCGACUCAGAAAAACAAGCUUGCUUCAACUGUCAGAAGCAAAUCACUACUUGGUUUUGGUUCAAACUCAUUAUCAGUCAGCUAUUCCUCCUUGAUAGGCGCUUGCUCCAUGGAAAACCCCAGUGUGAUUUGUGGGUGGGGAUGAUAGCGGGAAGUUCACUAUUUUCCAAUUAACUUUAAAAGAAAAAUAGCUCACUGGGCACUGUAUUUGGUCAGGCAGUAAAGGUCUUACCAGUGAAAUACUUGAAACUUCUCUGUGGCCAAGAGCCUCUGAUACCACUCUGAUAGGGUGGGAAGUGGGACACCAUUUCAAAUCCUGGUCACAUUCCUUGCUUCAAACUGCAAUUCAGUUUGGCUUUGAGGGUAGGGACACACGGUGGUGGACUCGUUUACUUCAGUGUUUAUUUUGACCAAAAGUUUAUUUUUCUAGUGUAUUUUCUAAGUCGAAGUGGUGAAAACAUGUAAUUUUAUUAUGCAUGAUUGGGUCUUAAUAAAAAUCCCUGUAAGGUUGAGUGUGUGUGGAGUUC